AUGAUCUUCUCCAGCUGGUUAAGAUCCGUCAUUUUCCUGAAGCGACCAGCAGAGCUGUUUUCAAACGUGCUACAGUGCUUUCCUACGUCACGGACUUCACACCGCGAGUCAGAUUGCUUUGGGGCGGACUUGAUUGAUUAUAUCGAAGAUCCCUUAGGUAUGUCGGGUUUCUCUGCGCAAGCUAGGCGAGAGGAUACCAUUAUGGAUGACUUGGAAGUUGUCCGUGUUUGGUUCGAUGAUGAUCCCGAUUUAUCUCCAAAGUCUGCCGUCUGGCACCGCGCCUUAGAUGACGUCGUCAAACUCAUAGUGCCUCUCCCAUGCAAGAGUGGUGACAAAGUGCUAGCAGAACUUGCUGUGGACAAGAAUGGUGUCGAAAGGGUUCGCAGUCGAUACGAAGUUGUGGGGUCUCUACCGCUAGGCAACAGAGACCCAAUGGUCCUCGCUCAGAAGCCAAGAGACUUAACUCUCAAAAGAGUCGAGGCCUGCAAGCAGCUACUUGACGCCUACCGUGAUCGUCUAGCGGAAAACGACUUCGAUUACCAAGGCCGAACCUGGCUUGAACGACGACUCCAAUCAAUAGUCAGGAAACUAGAUGACCUUCAAAACAGCGUCCAGACUGUGCGAAUAUGGCACCCCAUUUGCCAAGGACCCCUGACGCAAGAUGCCAAAGGCGAGGACAUAGGAGAUAUGAUCCUAGCAGAGGUUCAGCUGGAAGAUCCUAGCAACGGGUAUGCUCCAAUGUAUCCAAGUCAUCGCCCAGCUGGUGCUGUGUUAGUCGACUUGGCCGUUCUGCCGGAACACACUGCGACUGUUCGCUCCAAAUAUUUGCCAGUGAACCUUGCUCCCUUCGGCGACGAUGAUCCUUUGGUCUGCUCACAGCCAGGUGCCGAUAUUGAUCUGAAGAGAGCUCUAGCUCUCAGAAGAGUCCUUUCCAGAUAUGAUCAAGCACAGAGAAUCCGACAGUCUCGGGUCCAACUGCUGGGGACUGAGAAUGAGCUUAUCAGCAACUGGUUCAGUAACUGCAUGAGGGAGCUUGAGGACCAGGUUAAAGCAAUCCAUGGUUGUGAGACCAUACGUGUAUGGUGUCGCAGUCACAAAGAAGAUCCCAUGGCCAGUGUUCGAUCCAAACGCCUUGACGAUGUGGUCAGAGCAGCAGUCCCUCUCCAAAACCCCGACUACCGACGGGUUGCCGGUGACAAGACAGUCCAUCCACACGGCGCUAUCCUUGUAGACCUAGCUGUUCAUAAGGAGGGUGUCCACAUGGUUCUCUGCAAGUACGGAGUUAUCGACUUUGUUCCCAUGAGCAAUGAGGACCCCGUGAUUCUAUCACAACCCGGUGAUACAAUUGAAGACAAGCAGAUUGCUGCUUAUGAGGAUAUGUUGGAGAGGUAUUCUCAUUAUCUCCGUGAAAAAUGCCGUCUCCUUAGCCCUAUGGCCAAAGUCUGGGUUGUUGAGAGGCUAGCUGGAAUUGAGAGUCAACUGUCGGUCCUUCGUCCGAAAUGUCUAGAGACCAUACGAAUUUACUGUCCGAAAUACGAAACCCACCCUUGGGAGAUUAUACGAAAGCUAGAUCUUGGAGAUAUUGUCAGAGAAGCAGUCCCUCUGGAAGACCAAAUAAGCCCUCAAGAAUUGGUCCAAGUCGACCUUGCCAUUGAGCCCAGCGGUAUCUCAAGGGUUCGCGACGUCUGUCAGUUAGUCGAAUUCCAGAGAUUGAGUGAAGACGACCCAAUAAUCCAGAUGCAACCGGGUGGCGGCCCUCACAUGAAACAAUUCAACGGAUACAAUUACGUUCUUCGGCGAUAUACCGAGGCUCGUGCAUUGCGGCAGGUGGACGGGGCUUUAAUGCUUUGGUAUGAGAAAGAAAUUGGGAAUCUUGAGAGCCACAUCGGUCGACUUGGGUAUGUCUAG